GCCAUAAACACGCUGGCCUGUAGAGGGCGCCGGCUGGUGGGCAGCGUAACCCACUCGGCCGUCCCUUCCUCAAGCACUUCCGUUCCGAUCUCUAUUGUUUAUCCGGUUCGCUCUCGAGAAGUUCCUGGUGUUUUCAAUUUACCGUAAACAAAAGGAAUGUGCGCCGACCCGGAAAUGAAAAUGGGGGCCAGGCUGUAGUAGCCCCGAAAGCCGUCAGUACGAGGACGGGGGAAGCCGUAGCCAUGGCGGUGGCUGUGGCCAUGGCAGGGGCCGUAGCCGGGACGGAGAUAGGCCCGGCGGAAGAACUCGCCAAACUCGAGUAUCUGUCUCUAGUGUCGAAGGUUUGCACCGAGCUGGAUAACCACUUGGGGAUCAACGACAAGGAUCUGGCUGAAUUUGUGAUCAGUCUUGCCGAGAAAAACACCACCUUUGAUACUUUUAAGGCUUCGCUUGUGAAAAAUGGUGCAGAAUUCACGGAUUCCCUUAUUAGUAACUUGCUGCGUCUCAUACAAACCAUGCGGCCUCCAGCAAAGCCUUCUACCAGCAAAGAUCCGGUUGUUAAACCCAAAACUGAAAAAGAAAAGUUGAAGGAGCUCUUCCCCGUCCUCUGCCAGCCAGACAACCCCUCGGUUCGGACCAUGCUGGACGAGGACGAUGUGAAAGUCGCCGUGAACGUCCUGAAGGCGCUGGAGGCCCUGAUGCCCAGUGCUGCCGGCCCGGAGAAGCCACGGGAUGCCGAGCACCGGGACAAGACAAAGAGAAAGAAGCGGAGUCGCAGUCGAGACCGAGAGCGAGAGCGUGACCGUGACCGAGACCGAGACCGAGAACGAGAUCGAGACCGUGAUCGAGACCACAAGCGGCGGCACCGGUCCCGCUCUCGAUCACGUUCCAGGACCCGGGAGAGGAACAAAGGGAAGUCGAGGUAUCGGUCCAGGAGCAGAAGCCAGAGCCCCCUCAAAGACCGGAAGGACCGGGACAAGUAUGGAGAGAGGACCCUGGACAGAUGGCGGGACAAGCACGUGGACCGCCCUCCCCCGGAAGAGCCCGCCAUCGGGGACAUUUACAACGGCAAAGUCACCAGCAUCAUGCAGUUCGGAUGCUUCGUGCAGCUGGAGGGUCUGAGGAAGCGCUGGGAAGGCCUGGUGCACAUCUCGGAGCUCCGGCGGGAGGGCCGUGUGGCCAAUGUGGCCGACGUGGUGAGCAAAGGCCAGAGAGUCAAGGUCAAAGUGUUGUCCUUCACUGGGACCAAGACCAGUCUGAGCAUGAAGGAUGUGGACCAAGAGACCGGAGAAGAUCUAAACCCAAAUCGGCGACGAAACCUUGUUGGGGAGACCAAUGAGGAGACCUCAAUGAGGAAUCCGGACAGGCCCACCCAUCUCUCCCUCGUCAGCGCCCCCGAAGUGGAGGACGACUCCCUGGAGCGCAAGCGCCUCACCCGCAUCUCCGACCCGGAGAAGUGGGAGAUCAAACAGAUGAUUGCGGCCAAUGUGCUUUCCAAAGAAGAGUUCCCAGACUUCGACGAGGAGACCGGCAUCCUUCCGAAGGUGGACGACGAAGAAGAUGAGGACCUUGAGAUCGAGCUGGUCGAGGAAGAGCCCCCGUUCCUGAGGGGGCACACCAAGCAAAGCAUGGACAUGAGCCCUAUCAAAAUCGUGAAGAACCCAGACGGCUCCCUCUCCCAGGCGGCCAUGAUGCAGAGCGCCCUGGCCAAAGAAAGACGGGAGCUCAAGCAGGCCCAGCGGGAGGCCGAGAUGGACUCUAUUCCCAUGGGACUCAACAAACAUUGGGUCGAUCCCCUGCCUGACGCGGAAGGCAGGCAGAUCGCGGCCAACAUGAGGGGCAUUGGGAUGAUGCCCAAUGACAUUCCCGAGUGGAAGAAGCAUGCCUUUGGGGGCAACAAAGCUUCCUAUGGAAAGAAGACCCAGAUGUCAAUCAUUGAGCAGAGAGAGAGCCUGCCCAUCUACAAACUGAAGGAGCAGUUGGUCCAGGCCGUCCAUGACAACCAGAUCCUGAUCGUCAUCGGAGAGACGGGCUCCGGGAAGACCACGCAGAUCACCCAGUACCUGGCGGAGGCGGGCUACACGUCCCGGGGCAAGAUCGGGUGCACCCAGCCCCGCAGGGUGGCGGCCAUGUCGGUGGCCAAGAGAGUGUCAGAGGAGUUUGGUUGUUGCCUGGGCCAGGAGGUGGGCUACACCAUCCGGUUUGAGGACUGCACCAGCCCCGAGACCGUCAUCAAGUACAUGACGGACGGCAUGCUGCUGCGAGAGUGCCUGAUCGACCCCGACCUCACUCAGUACGCGAUCAUCAUGCUGGACGAGGCGCACGAGAGGACGAUCCACACCGACGUGCUCUUCGGGUUGCUGAAGAAGACGGUUCAGAAGCGGCAGGACAUGAAGCUGAUCGUCACCUCAGCCACCUUGGACGCAGUGAAGUUUUCCCAGUACUUCUAUGAAGCGCCCAUCUUCACCAUCCCCGGCCGAACAUACCCCGUGGAAAUACUGUACACGAAGGAGCCCGAGACGGACUAUCUGGACGCCAGCUUGAUCACGGUCAUGCAGAUCCACUUAACAGAGCCACCAGGCGACAUCCUCGUCUUCCUGACUGGUCAGGAAGAGAUCGACACAGCCUGCGAGAUCCUGUAUGAGAGAAUGAAGUCCCUGGGGCCUGACGUUCCCGAGCUGAUCAUCCUCCCGGUGUACUCUGCUCUUCCCAGCGAGAUGCAGACCCGGAUCUUUGACCCGGCCCCGCCCGGCAGCAGAAAGGUCGUGAUUGCCACCAACAUUGCAGAGACGUCGCUGACUAUCGAUGGCAUCUACUACGUGGUGGACCCUGGCUUCGUGAAGCAGAAAGUGUACAAUUCCAAGACAGGGAUCGACCAGCUGGUGGUGACCCCCAUUUCUCAGGCCCAGGCGAAGCAGCGAGCCGGCAGAGCCGGGAGAACGGGCCCGGGGAAGUGUUACAGGCUGUACACAGAGCGUGCCUACCGAGACGAGAUGCUGACCACCAACGUGCCGGAGAUCCAGAGGACCAACCUGGCGAGCACGGUGCUCUCGCUCAAGGCCAUGGGCAUCAACGACCUGCUGUCCUUCGACUUCAUGGACGCCCCCCCGAUGGAGACCCUGAUCACAGCCAUGGAGCAGCUGUACACCCUGGGGGCACUGGAUGACGAGGGCCUGCUUACUCGCCUGGGCCGCAGGAUGGCAGAAUUCCCCCUGGAACCAAUGCUGUGCAAAAUGCUCAUCAUGUCUGUGCACCUGGGCUGCAGUGAGGAGAUGCUGACCAUCGUGUCCAUGCUGUCUGUGCAGAACGUCUUCUACAGGCCCAAGGAUAAACAAGCCCUCGCCGACCAGAAGAAGGCCAAAUUCCACCAGACGGAAGGAGACCACCUCACCCUGCUGGCCGUGUACAACUCCUGGAAGAACAACAAGUUCUCCAACCCGUGGUGCUACGAGAACUUCAUCCAGGCUCGUUCUCUGCGCCGGGCCCAGGACAUCCGCAAGCAGAUGCUGGGCAUAAUGGACAGACACAAGCUGGAUGUGGUUUCCUGCGGCAAGUCCACGGUCCGGGUGCAGAAGGCCAUCUGCAGCGGAUUCUUCCGCAACGCCGCCAAGAAAGACCCGCAGGAGGGUUACCGGACCCUGAUCGACCAGCAGGUGGUCUACAUCCAUCCUUCCAGCGCGCUCUUCAACCGGCAGCCGGAAUGGGUAGUGUACCACGAGCUGGUGCUGACCACGAAGGAGUACAUGCGCGAGGUCACCACCAUCGACCCCCGGUGGCUUGUGGAGUUCGCCCCUGCCUUCUUCAAGGUCUCCGACCCGACUAAGCUGAGCAAGCAGAAGAAGCAGCAGCGUCUCGAGCCCUUGUACAAUCGCUACGAGGAGCCCAACGCCUGGAGAAUAUCGCGGGCUUUCCGGCGGCGCUGACGGGCAGGCCCUGCUUGCCUGUGCUGCAGCGGCGGCCCACGGCUCGGGCUCACCCUUGGCAGAUGCUGAUCCUGAGGACACGGCUCUCUGGUGGCUGCGUAUCUUAACUGGACGAUUCCAGACUCAAUUUGCAUUUCUUCCCUCAUGGCAGAGACAGGGAUUUAUGCCCGGUUUGAGGAGAGCCUUCAGCCCCCACUACCCUAAGUCACCGGGGCCACCUGGGGCUCCCAGCCAACACGGGGUACACUGCAUCAGCUCCAAGGAAGGGGCAACUCGUGCAGCCCUGGGAUGGGAAACGGGGGUUGCAAGCAUCCAACAACUGGACGCACAGACCGAUGGGCACGGUGGGGACCCUGCUGCCCUGCUCGGUUCUCUGUGGAGGAGGGAGCUGAGGAGCUCAUUGGAAGUUUCGGCCCCGAGUCUGCUCCUGUCCAACCCCUGUGCUUUCGACCGACCUCCUGAAAAUAUUUAUUUUCUUAAGGAAACAAAAGUGACUUUCCUUGAAGGUUUCUUUUAGCUGAAAGGUUAGGAAAUUGGCCUGGGCUCAGGGUGGGGAGGUUCCGUGUCUGUGGCGUUGGUGUGCAUGGUGGAGAGUCCGCUGGGACCAGAGCCUGGGGCCCCUCUGGGCUGGGAGCUGACGCGCGGCCAGCACCCCCAGUCCUAACCUCAGCACCUGUGCUGUGCCAGCCCUGCCGCGGUCGGGCCCCGACCAACCACACCCACCGCACAGGCGCUCGGGGCCGCGCCUGAGCCGUUACAGAUGCCACACGUCCACUGCGGAAGGCUCUCCCUGUCUCUCCCGCCCACCACACUCAUCACGUGCAGUGUAUCCUAUUUCCUUUUGAAACUUGUGAGUAAUGACAAAGCUUUUGUUUUGUUUCCCCUGAAGCCCUCACUGGGCUGUAACAAAGGGUGUUUGUGGUCAAAGCCUCCCCUCCCCCACCCCAAACUGAAAACC